UCCUGGCAGCUGCAGGAGCUGCAGCUGAAGGCUGGGAAGAAGGCUCCAGUGCCCAGGCUGGAAGCUCAAGCACGAGCAGCUCGUGCACCUGGAGCACGACUAGCUCCUCUGGCAGCAGAGAGCAGCAGCGAGAGAGCACAGAGGACAAGUGCCUGGCCAUGCUGAAGAUGCUGGUGAGCAAGGGAGAUCCUGAGGCGAAAUACACAGAAGUGGAAACUCUUGGCAAAGGGGGUUUCGGCACUGUGUGCAUGGCAGUGGAGUCUGCCACAGGAGAAGAGGUGGCCAUCAAGAAAAUUAGUCUCCUGCAAGAGAGCAGCAGUGAGCUGUGCCUGAAUGAAAUCCAGGUCAUGCGUGGCACUAAGAAUGCCAACCUUGUGAACUAUGUAGACAGCUACCUGGUGGACGAGGAACUCUGGCUCGUGAUGGAAUACAUGGACGGAGGUUCUUUACAUGAUGUCAUCAGGGAGACUCACAUGGCAGAAGGAGAGAUAGCAGCUGUCUCUCGGGAGUGCCUGCAAGGCCUGGAUUUCCUGCACUCCAAUCAAGUGAUCCACCGCGAUAUCAAAAGUCACAACAUUCUCCUGGGCUUGGAUGGAUCUGUCAAGUUGGCUGAUUUUGGCCUUGCUGCUCAGCUCACUGCUGAGCAGAGCAAACGGAGAUCAGCUGUUGGGACUACUUACUGGAUGGCGCCAGAAAUUUUCACCAGGAAGCCCUAUGGCCCCAAAGUGGACAUCUGGUCCUUUGGAAUUGUGGGGAUCGAGAUGGUGGAAGGAGCGCCUCCGUACCUGAUGAAAACCUCCCGCACGGUACGCCGCAGCUGCUCUCAGAUACUGCUGUCACCCUGACAAAAUCUGCUCCCAUCCUUCUGCCUGGGAAGCUUGCCAACACCUGAAAAUGAUAGGUUCCAGGCUGCACAGUCUCUUGUGCUUCUUGGCCAGAUCAUCCCCUUGCCAUUUUUGUGCAUGAACAACACCAAAAAAUCGUGAUGCCUUUUGCUUGGCAGAAGCUUCACCUAAGGGAGCAGGGAGCAGUGCUGAGCUGCAUUUUGUGGAAUAAUCCUUGGAAAUAGUAGAAUGAGAUGGAAGUCCUUCUUUUAAAAUGCCUGAAGAGGUGGUGUCAGUGCUCAGAGAAGCAAAGUGUGCUGUUGCUGAUGGAGCUGCUGCUAAUUCCAGCAGCCAGUGAAAUCAGGGGUCAAGGCAAGAGCCUUUGCAUACUGGACUGGCUAUGGCUGCCUCUGGCUUUGGGUUGUUUUAGUAGGGCUAGGAAAGGCAUCUGGCACCCUGUGGCAGGGAGUAAAGUGCCACUGGAGAGUGGAGCUUGUCCAGUGGGGUCUGUGUGAGCAGUUUGGGGUGCGAAGGAGACAGGUAGAGUGUGGCAUUUCCUUCUUCUCUAGGUUCAACAGCUGAUAAGCACCGGGGCCCCCCCGAAGCUGCAGAAGCCCAGGCAGCAGUCGGCGUGGCUGCGAGACUUCCUGCACUGCUGCCUGGAGAGGGACGAGGACAGGCGCUGGUCUGCCCAGGAACUUCUGCAGGUAAAAGGCAAAGCGGCUGCACGUCCUGGAUGUGGAGACAGCAUUGCACAGAAUGCCCUCCUUUCUGUAUCUUUCUGGUAGCCAGAGAAAGCCUGUUUCAGCCUGUGGGGAAAGUAGAAGUUCAUUGCUUCUUUUUCUCUUUGGGCAGCAUCCGUUUGUUACAUCAGCCAAGCCGACCUCCACCCUGAUGCCUCUGAUCAUGGCCACACAGCAGUUUAUGUCUGGCAGGAGAUACUAGCCCUGGAAGAGGCCUUUGUUGUUGUUUGUAGUUUCUAGUUUGUAGCUUAUAGCUUGUAGUUUGUAGUUUGUUUAGAGUGAAUAAAUACUAUAAUAAAUAAAAUCUUCUCUGUGUUGGAACUUCUCUUUGUUCUCACCUUGUGAAUAGGCUCUAAAUUUCUUCUGAAUGGUCAGGUGUUUCUCCAAUGUGGGAAGACCCAUGGAUGGGGUUUGUGACAUGGUUUGUUUGUGAGCAAAGGUCAUCUUCCUUCAUCGCCUCCAGGCCACAACCUCUUGUGGAGAUACAGGCUUGCAGCUGUGACUAGAGGAGCAGAGCAGGACAGAAUGGAGCCGAGCAGUGGUGUCACUGCUGGGGAUGCUGCUGUGCCUGUGGUUGUGUUGCAGCUCUUGGGAAAGGUUGGGAGUGUCUGUGUUGCUGUGGGCAGAGGGGG